GAAAAGAUUAAAGCUACCAGGAUUGCACUUCUCAAGUGGAGUUCUGGUUUUCAAACCAAAAAUCAAGAAGUCAUUGCAGCUCUGACCCUAAAGCUGGAAUCCCUGAAUGAAGAUAAAUCCUCUAUUGACUGGGAGGAGUGGGAAGCUACCAAAAGGACCCUAAACUCAGCUCAUAAGCAAGAAGAGCUUUUCUGGCAACAGAAAGCUAAAUCUAGAUGGCUAAAAGAGGGGGAUGCAAAUACCAGGUUCUUUCAUGCUCUUACUUUACAAAGGAGGAGGAAUAAUGCCAUCACCAGACUUAUCUCUCCCCAAGGAAGAAUUCUCCUCACUCAGAAGAGCAUUGAAGGCCACAUUGCUGAAUUUUAUCAAAAUCUCUUUACCUCUGAAGGCUGCUGGGGAGGGCAGGCUGUGAACCUAGCUAAAUCUGCUAUUUUCUUCAGCAAGAACACUCCACACCAUUUGCAGGCUUCUAUCUGCUCUGCUCUGAAUGGCAUUUCCUCCCAUAGAUCAACUAGGUAUCUUGGCCUUCCUUUAGGCAUUGGCAGGGCUAAAAGAGAGGUCUUUGAUUACAUCCU